GAAUGAAUCCAAACCAAAAAACUUGGGUACUGCUUUGCUAGGGUUUCACUUUCACUCAUAGCACUUUCAUUCUUUCCUCUUUUCUUAAUCCCAACACUGAACAAAACAAAAUUUAAGAGCCAAAAACUUUAAUUCAAACCUAACUUAAAUUGUAAAGGAGAAGAAGAAGCAUGGAUUUGGAAGAGGAACAAGAGUAUGAUCAACAAAUGAUGGAAGAAGAAGACGAUGACGAAGAGAUUACCCAAGAAGAUGCCUGGGCAGUGAUAUCCGCGUAUUUCGAAGAAAAAGGUUUGGUUCGUCAGCAACUCGAUUCCUUCGACGAGUUCAUUCAAAACACUAUGCAAGAAAUCGUCGAUGAAUCUGCCGACAUUGAAAUUCGACCUGAAUCGCAGCAUAAUCCCGGUCACCAACCCGAUUUCGCCGAGACUAUUUACAAGAUCGGGUUCGGUCAGAUUUACUUGAGUAAGCCAAUGAUGACAGAGUCUGACGGAGAAACUGCGACCUUGUUUCCGAAGGCUGCUAGGUUAAGAAACCUUACAUAUUCAGCUCCUUUGUAUGUUGAUGUUUCCAAGAAAGUCAUAAAGAAAGGACACGAUGGGGAAGAGGUCACCGAGACUCAGGAUUUCACCAAAGUUUUCAUCGGCAAGGUUCCUAUAAUGCUUCGGUCUAGUUAUUGCACGUUGUAUCAGAAUUCGGAGAAGGAUUUGACUGAGCUUGGAGAGUGUCCGUAUGAUCAAGGUGGGUAUUUCAUUAUCAAUGGGAGUGAGAAGGUUCUGAUUGCUCAGGAGAAGAUGAGCACCAAUCAUGUCUACGUGUUCAAGAAGAGGCAGCCUAACAAGUAUGCCUAUGUGGCUGAAGUUCGUUCCAUGGCAGAGUCCCAGAACAGACCCCCCAGUACUAUGUUUGUGCGCAUGCUCUCUCGAACUAGUUCCAAAGGGGGUUCUUCGGGGCAAUAUAUACGUGCCACUCUUCCUUACAUUCGAACGGAAAUUCCCAUUAUUAUUGUGUUUCGAGCAUUGGGGUUUGUUGCUGAUAAGGACAUACUUGAACAUAUAUGCUAUGAUUUCUCGGAUACUAAGAUGAUGGAGUUGCUUCGUCCUUCCCUGGAAGAAGCAUUUGUAAUUCAAAAUCAACAGGUUGCACUUGACUACAUUGGAAAAAGAGGAGCAACUGUAGGUGUAACCAGGGAAAAGAGAAUUAAGUAUGCUAAGGAGAUCCUUCAAAAGGAGAUGCUUCCUCAUGUUGGUGUUAUAGAAUAUUGUGAAACCAAGAAAGCUUACUAUUUUGGAUAUAUUAUUCAUCGGCUACUUCUGUGUGCACUUGGACGGAGGGCUGAAGAUGAUAGGGAUCACUAUGGUAACAAGAGGCUGGACCUGGCAGGUCCUUUACUUGGUGGACUCUUUAGAAUGCUAUUCAGAAAGCUAACUAGAGAUGUCAGGGCUUAUGUACAGAAGUGUGUUGAUAAUGGGAAAGAUGUUAACCUACAAUUUGCUAUCAAAGCAAAAACCAUCACAAGUGGACUUAAAUAUUCACUUGCUACUGGUAAUUGGGGGCAAGCAAAUGCCGCAGGGACUAGAGCUGGAGUUUCACAGGUGCUAAAUCGCUUAACUUAUGCAUCCACUUUAUCUCACUUGCGAAGAUUGAAUUCCCCCAUAGGGCGUGAAGGGAAGUUGGCCAAACCAAGACAGCUGCAUAAUUCACAAUGGGGAAUGAUGUGUCCAGCAGAAACACCUGAAGGACAAGCCUGUGGAUUGGUGAAGAAUCUGGCAUUGAUGGUUUACAUCACAGUUGGUUCAGCAGCAUAUCCUAUUCUGGAGUUUUUGGAAGAAUGGGGAACUGAAAAUUUUGAGGAAAUUUCUCCUGCAGUGAUUCCCCAAGCUACCAAAAUUUUUGUAAAUGGUUGCUGGAUGGGUAUACAUCGUGACCCUGAUAUGUUGGUGAGAACUUUGAGAAAGCUGAGACGUCGGGUUGAUGUUAAUACUGAAGUUGGGGUUGUCAGAGAUAUCCGUCUCAAAGAAUUGCGUAUAUAUACAGAUUAUGGUCGUUGCAGUCGUCCUUUAUUCAUUGUGGAUAAGCAAAGGCUUCUCAUAAAGAAGAAGGAUAUCCAUGCUUUGCAGCAGAGGGAAUCCCCUGAAGAUGGUGGAUGGCAUGAUCUGGUGUCCAAGGGCUUUAUUGAAUAUAUUGACACGGAAGAAGAAGAGACUACAAUGAUUUCCAUGACAAUUAAUGAUCUUGUACAAGCUAGGAUCAAUCCAGAAGAUGCAUAUUCUGAUACUUACACUCAUUGUGAAAUCCACCCAUCUCUGAUUCUUGGUGUAUGCGCUUCCAUCAUACCAUUUCCUGAUCACAAUCAGUCCCCACGUAAUACAUAUCAAUCUGCAAUGGGAAAACAAGCAAUGGGAAUAUAUGUUACCAACUACCAGUUUCGAAUGGAUACAUUGGCCUAUGUGUUAUACUAUCCUCAAAAGCCACUGGUCACUACAAGAGCCAUGGAGCAUCUUCAUUUCCGUCAACUCCCAGCUGGAAUUAACGCCAUUGUGGCCAUUGCCUGUUAUUCUGGUUAUAAUCAAGAAGAUUCUGUGAUCAUGAACCAAUCAUCAAUAGACCGUGGAUUCUUUCGGUCUCUGUUUUUCCGUUCGUACAGAGAUGAAGAGAAGAAGAUGGGAACCCUUGUCAAAGAAGAUUUUGGUCGUCCAGAUAGAGCUAACACCAUGGGUAUGAGGCAUGGUUCUUAUGAUAAGCUGGAUGAUGAUGGCCUUGCACCCCCUGGAACAAGAGUGUCUGGUGAGGAUGUUAUUAUUGGGAAGACCACUCCAAUAUCUCAGGAUGAGGCACAAGGACAAGCUUUACGUUACACAAGACGUGAUCACAGUAUAAGCUUACGCCAUAGUGAAACUGGAAUUGUUGAUCAAGUUCUACUGACAACAAAUGCUGAUGGGUUGAGAUUUGUGAAAGUAAGGGUGAGAUCUGUUCGUAUACCACAGAUUGGUGACAAAUUUAGUAGUAGACAUGGUCAGAAGGGGACAGUUGGUAUGACUUAUACACAAGAAGACAUGCCCUGGACUGUGGAAGGCAUUACUCCUGAUAUUAUUGUCAAUCCACAUGCUAUUCCUUCUCGAAUGACAAUUGGUCAGCUUAUUGAGUGUAUCAUGGGGAAGGUGGCAGCUCACAUGGGAAAAGAAGGAGAUGCAACUCCUUUUACAGAUGUUACAGUGGAUAAUAUCAGUAAAGCUCUACACAAAUGUGGGUACCAAAUGCGUGGUUUUGAGACCAUGUACAAUGGUCAUACAGGGAGGCGUCUCAGUGCAAUGAUUUUCCUUGGCCCUACAUAUUACCAAAGACUGAAGCAUAUGGUUGAUGAUAAGAUCCAUUCUCGUGGACGGGGUCCUGUGCAGAUCCUCACAAGGCAACCUGCUGAGGGACGCUCACGUGAUGGAGGUCUUCGAUUUGGAGAGAUGGAACGGGAUUGCAUGAUAGCUCACGGAGCUGCUCACUUCCUGAAAGAAAGAUUGUUUGAUCAAAGUGAUGCAUAUAGGGUUCAUGUGUGCGAGCGCUGUGGGUUGAUAGCUAUUGCAAAUCUCAAGAAGAAUUCUUUUGAGUGCAGGGGUUGCAAGAACAAAACUGACAUUGUUCAGGUUUAUAUUCCUUAUGCUUGUAAACUCCUCUUCCAAGAGCUAAUGGCUAUGGCCAUAGCUCCUAGGAUGCUUACAAAGGAAGUCAAAUCUACGAAAGACCAUAAGAAGAAAGGAGCCUGAUGAACUUAAUUGAGCAUAGACGCUAUUCUUAUCUUAUCCACGCUUCCACCUCUUGGGAAUAUGGAGCACGUAUGAUAAUUUGAUUUUCUAUUAUUUUUCAAGACUGAUAAAUUACGAGAUCAGGAGCCUUUCAAGUAUUGGAAAAGUCACGAGCGACUAGUUUGGACGACAGUUCUUUCUGUUUUUUCCCCUUUCAUCUGAGGUUUGAUAUAUAUAUAUAUUUUUACAUUUUUCUCUUUUCAAGGUUGCUCGGCUCCUAGCAAACUAAUAUUGACGGAGGCAAGCAUUGUAUAUAUAAUGGAAGAGUUGUUUCUGACCACUGGAAACCCGAAAGCUUGUUUCUUAAUUGCUAAGCAGAUAUGGGUUAGCGAAGUUUCGGUUGGCUUAGUCUAUAUUGAGAACUUCAGUAAAGAGUACACCUUUUAUUUUAUUUUAGAUUAGGGGUUCUAUAGAAUUUGAAAAUGGAAACCCUUCUUUAUCUUUAUUUGGUGUAACUUCUUGAGUCAGAUGAGAGGAAACCUUCACGACCGAUUUUGAAAGGGGGAGAUCCUAUUGGAUUGGAUACAUCCAAAUUUUUCUUUUGCUGGGCUCCGCAUUAAAUGUUGUAACGGUUACUUGGUUCUUAAAAUGUGUUUCCAACUCACCAUCAAUUCCAGCUCCAGUUUGAUGAAUAACGUUUACGUUGUAUAAAAGAAGUUAUCUAAAUUGGAUUCUUUGAAUCAUUUGCAAUACUUGGGAACUGACUCUGGUAUGUUGUACUUCUCUUAACUCAGAGACGCAAUGAUAGUAUAUAAGUUCAAUUCUUGUACAAUUUAAUGAAAUGAGAUAAUUUUUUCG